UACAGCCUUGUCUUUCCAAAACACUAUGUAGGUUUUGCAUCCAUUCGUGUCUUCCGAGUUUAUUAAAAAGUACUUUUUUGUAAUAUUACUUACAAACUUAUGGAACGUAAAUUAAAAUGAGCAGAAUCUUAACAUUUUCAGUCACACUAGUGUUUUGUCUUGUUAUGUGUGUUGUGACAGCAAAAGAAACAAGAAAAAAUGAUGUUUUAUUAUCCGAGCCAGAAAGUAACUAUUCUAUUUCAAUGGAUAAGUCUAUAAAUAAAGAGUUUCAUAUCAAUGUAUCUGAACUGGAAGCAGAUCGAGCAGAUGAAUGCAAAUGCAAGAAUGGCAGGUGCAUGCGAGUUUGUGAUUUUGAGAAGACUGUACCAUGUUUGGAAAGGAAGAAAGUGUGCGUCUGCAGUCCUGGAUUCUCAGAAAAGGAUGGCGUAUGCGUAGAUUGCAAUUGUGGACAAGGGUUUAAUUGUACAUUCAAAAAGGAUGGCCGUGGUUCACGCCGGAAAAUUUGCUUUUGCCCGAAAGGCUACACAUUUUUCCAGUUCGAUUCCUCUGAUUCCUACGACGACUAUUGUAAACCCGAAUGCAGCGACGAACGGCCCUGCCAGAAUGGAGGUAUUUGUUCCGACGGGAAGUGCACUUGCUCAUGGGGCACUAUGGGAGAUCUCUGCGAAAAAAUCUACCUUUGUAGAUCAAUGUGUGAGAACAAACUUGAACUGAAUUGUCUCUACCACCUAUCUGAAAAGAUUCCCUAUUGUACUUGUAAGAAUUCGUCUCUUUAUUAUGAUCCAGAAGAAAAUUACUGCAAACCAUGCCCAUGUGGAAAGGGGGAUUGUGAAUAUUCAUUCGAUUAUAAUGAGCAGCAUUUGAAAUGCAAAUGUCAGCCUAAUUACAAGGAGUUCAGAGGCUACUGUAAACGAUGCGACUGCGGUUUCGGCUUUCCGUGUGAAUUUGAUUCGAAGGGAAAUAAAAUCUGUAAUUGUGAAGAUGGCUUCUACGAAAGGGAAGGAAGAUGUAUAAUGUGUGACUGCACACCUUAUGGUACUGACACCAAGUGUAAAAUAAUUGACAACGUGAAACGCUGCUAUUGCAAGGAAGGAUUCCAUGAUGUCCUUGGACAGUGCGAAGAUGUCGACGAAUGCGAAAUAUAUGACCCUUGUCAUCCAUCAGCAACAUGCUACAACAAGUAUGGAAGUUUCGAAUGUCGGUGUCCAGACGGUUAUGAGGGGUUAUCUGGAAAAAUAGUUAAACCAGGAGAAGUUUGUAAAGACAUCAACGAAUGUCAACAGACACCUAAUCCUUGCUGGCUUUAUAAUAAUGUAAAAUGCGUCGAUCUCCCCGGCUCUUUCAAGUGUGAAUGUUUUGAAGGAUAUGAGCCGAGUGGCUAUAAUAGAGAACCCCAAAGAACUUCAUGCGUUAGAACCACAAAAGCAUGGGGUCCUCCGCUAAUUGUACUCUUCACUUCCAUUGCUCUUAUCGUCAUAUCAUGUUUGGUGCACGUUCACGUGAAAAAGAGGGCGGCACGUUUAAAUUGAAGAAUUCAUUACUGUUUGACCUAUGACAUCCGACAGAACAUUUUUAUUGAAUUCAUUUGUGGACUGAUUGUACUUGUAAACUAUUUAACUUAUUUUUUCAUAUUUAAAAUAAAAGUAAAGGAAAUUUAUUGUUUUU